GAGAGUGUCGUGGCGGGUGGUCUCCGUAUCGGUUUGCCGGCUUAUCUCGUGCUGAUUAUCGAUAAUCAGUGCUUAUACCCGCGGAAUGUUACGAUAUAGAGGAGUUAAACAAGCGCUCGAGGCCGUAUCUCAGCUGGAUGCCUUCCCAAAGGUGAAGGAAGAGUUCGUGGAGGCCACGCGAGUCGGAGGGACACUAUCGCUCAUCAGUCGGCUGGUGAUCAUAUUCCUGAUCUACCAUGAGGUCACGUAUUAUCUGGAUUCACGGCUGGUAUUCACCUUCAAACCGGACACCGACUUGCACUCGAAGCUGAAAGUGCACAUCGAUCUAACGGUCGCAAUGCCAUGCAAAUCGAUAGGAGCCGAUAUCCUUGAUUCGACGAAUCAGAAUGUGUUCUCCUUUGGUGUGCUGCAGGAAGAGGAUACCUGGUUUGAGCUGUGCCCCAGCCAACGGGUACACUUUGACUACAUGCAGCAUCACAAUUCCUAUCUGCGCCAGGAGUAUCACUCGAUUGCUGAGAUUUUGUACAAAUCGGACCAUGCCGUUGUGUAUAGCAUGCCGGAACGUGCGAUCAUACCCCAGCGGCCACACGAUGCUUGUCGCAUUCACGGUGUGCUAACGCUGAAUAAGGUGGCUGGAAACUUUCACAUAACCGUCGGUAAAACGAUCCAUUUCGCCCGUGGUCACAUUCACCUGAACAGUAUCUUUGCCAACACGCAAACGAAUUUCUCCCAUCGGAUCAAUCGCUUCAGUUUUGGUGACCACACUGCCGGCAUUAUACACCCGCUCGAAGGAGAUGAGAAAAUCUUCGACAAUGGUCAGCUAAUGAUGCAGUAUUUCAUCGAAGUUGUGCCAACGGAUGUGAAAAAGUUUUACUCUCAUUCCCAAACUUAUCAAUACACGGUUAGAGAAAACUCGCAACUGAUAGAUAUCGAUAAGGGAUUGCAAGGUGUUGCCGGCAUUUACUUCAAGUACGAUAUGUCCGCGCUGCGGGUAAUCGUGCGCCAGGAUCGUGACAGUAUUGCACAGUUUAUCGUGCGCCUAUCGUCCAUUAUCGCCGGUAUCGUCGUAAUAUCGGGACUGGUCAGUAAAGGUGCACAUCUGCUGAUGGAUCUGUGUUGCAGCACGAACAAGAACGCCAAGCUGGCCAAACCGAGUGCAAUGGAAUCCAGUGAAAAGUUCGUCAAAGGUUCGAUCAUCGUAAGCUGAGGCGGUGGGUACAACGGCACCAACUGAUGUCACAGGCAGUCAACAAAGGAAAAGUGCGCCUUUAUCACAAACUAAUCGUGAUAAAAAAAAGAUCUGCAAUAAAAAUGAUAUCGAUAAGAUCGGCA